ACCCAUAUCUUUACAUAUAUGACCCUUCAUACAUUUGAGGAAAGCAUGUGCUGAACAUGAAUGCCUUUGGGAGUUGCAACACUGAAAUGCACACCAUUAUAUUGGAUACCCUCCUCUACAACAACUUUAAUAUCUAUAAUAAAGCAUACUCCACUUUGACAAUGACAACACAUCAUAAGAAAAUGUUAAAAGUAACUGGGAACUGAAUCUGAUUACAAUGCACAUGCCAGAAAACUGGAAAAAACCCUUCUUGUGUAGAUCCACUAUCACAACAGGGUAAUAGUCACCACAUGAAUACUUGUACUUAUGUUCUGUGAGGACUUCAAAGUGCAAAUAGGCAUAUAGUACUGUGUCUGCUGGUGGAAACCUUAAACCUGUCAAAUCUUGUAAAAAAAAAAAAAAAAAUUACUGCUCUGAUCAAAGCAGAAUGGACCUGAAAUAAACAAAAUGUGUUUAAACACACACAAAUAUACGCAAAUUAUAUACACAAUGUUCUUUCCAAAAUCAUAUACAGUCAUAUCAAGUUUGAAGUUACCCGGAGAAGGCCUUUCAAAGUCACUCAUGAGGGCAGGUCAAGUAUGAUAUGGUCACUGAAAUUAUGCAAGCCGUUUUUCCAUUCUUGAUAGUGAUACAAGAGCUGUGAUGGCAGUUCAUAAUUCAUAGACAUCGGUAGAGUGCUGAAAGACAGCUUUACAAACAAUUUAAUGUGUUUUUAUAUAUUUACAAAGGAUACACUAAUAAUAUAUUCAGUGAUGUUUUUUAAUUUCCUUUUAUUCUUUUAAAAACAGGUCAUUGCUUCUGAAUUCUUUUUGACAAUUUUUCCAAAUUCUCAGUAAAUGUGCACACAUACAGUAUAGGUAUUGUAUACAUUAUAUACCUAUUUUGACUCAAAUGAAUUUUAAAUUUCCACAUUUUAAUAUUGUAUUUCUCUUCUAUUUCAGUUCAGACACAUGUAUGAGCUCUGCUUUAUGAACUCAUACACUCAUGUUUGUUGUUAUCACAUUUGUCACUAUUCAGGGAUGAUCUGGUCAAAAAAAGAAAACAUUUCUGUAUUAGACAGCAGCAUGUGAACGGGACUUUUAUUUUGCUAUGGUAACGUGACGUCAUAAGGCUGCGCCGCGCGACUGCUCCUGUUGUGAUUUUCGGCUAAACAAAGGACAAACGCACAGACUGCGACUGAGAUCCACGUGACUAUUUUAAAGAUGGCGUUUAUUAAAGAGGAGAAUGAAGACGUAAAAAUUGCAUUUAUUAAAGAGGAGAACGACGACAUACAGAGUGCGUUUAUUAAAGAGGAGAGCGAAGAUGUGAAGAUUGAAGAAACAUUCAGUGUGAAACAUGAAGAAACUGAGGAACAAACAGACCUGAUGGCACUGAAAGAGGCGAGUCAUGAACUUAUUAAAAGGGAAGAAGAGAAAGAACAUUAUGAUAAACAUCAUGAUUUCAUGACUGGAGAAAGAUUGACACAGGCUAAAAAGACUUCCUCACAAAAAAGAGUUCAAAAGACAGGAACUAAAAGUUAUCUUACCUGCCAACAGUGUGAAAAGAGUUUCACACAUAAAGGAAACUUUCAAGUCCACAUGAGAAUUCACACUGGAGAGAAGCCUUACACCUGCCAACAAUGUGGAAAGAGUUUUAAUCAACAAGGAAGCUUUAAUAUCCACAUGAGACGUCACACUGGACAGGGCCUUUUCACUUGCCAACAGUGUGGAAAGAGUUUCGGUGGAAAAGGAAACCUUAAAGUCCACAUGAGAAUUCACACUGGAGAGAGCCCAUUUGUCUGCAAACAGUGUGGAAAGAGUUUCAGACAUAAAGGAAGCUUUAACGUCCACAUGAGAAUUCAUACUGGAGAGAAGCCUUACACCUGCCAACAAUGUGGAAAGAGUUUUAAUCAACAUGGAAGCCUUAUCAUCCAUAUGAGACAUCACACUGGACAGGGCCUUUUCACUUGCCAACAGUGUGGAAAGAGUUUUAGACAUAAAGGAAACCUUAAAGUCCACAUGAGAGUUCACACUGGAGAGAAGCCUUACACCUGCCAACAAUGUGGAAAAAGUUUUAAUCAACAAGGAAGCCUUAUUAUCCACAUGAGACGUCACACUGGACAGGGUCUUUUCACUUGCCAACAGUGUGGAAAGAGUUUCGGUGGACAAGGAAACCUUAAAGUCCACAUGAGAAUUCACACUGGAGAGUGUCCAUUCACCUGCCUACAGUGUGGAAAGAGUUUCAUGCUAAAAAAAUCCCUCAACAGGCACAUGAAAGUUCACACUGGAAAGAAGCCUUACAUCUGCAGACCCUGUGGAAUGAGUUUCACUGGAAAAGGAAAACUUGAGGUCCACAUGAGAGUUCACGAUGGAGAGAAGCCUUACAUCUGCACUUUGUGCGGGAACGGCUUCACACGGGAACUAAGCCUUAGGGAACACAUGAAUAUUCAUACUGGAGAAAAGCCUUUUACAUGUGUUCAGUGUGGAAAGAGGUUCAGACGUAAACUGACCCUUAAUUACCACAUGCGAACUCACACUGGAGAGAAGCCAUUCAUGUGUAGCCAGUGUGGGAAGAGUUUCAGAUUUAAAGAUAACCUUAAAUACCACAUGAGGACUCAUUAGAGAGAGAACUGUUUAGAUGUCGUCAAGGACAGAAUGCUGGCAAAGUUGCUGGUUAUUAUGGACAAUGAUGUUCAUCCCCUCCAUAAAACUCUGGACAAAUUAAGGAGUAGUUUUAGCAAAAGGCUUAUUCAGCCUCGUUGCUUGAAGGAACGAUAUAGGAAAUCGUUCCUGCCUAGUGCUAUUGGAGUAUAUAACUCUUCUGUCUAGGAUUGAACUGUGUUAGUUUAUUCUACGUGCUUAUUGACUGUAUCAAGCUGCCAUAACAAUUUAAUUUCCCUUCGGGGAUUAAUAAAGUUUAAAUCAAUCAAUCAAUCAGUGUGGAAGGAGUUUUACAGACAGGAAACACUAUAAGAAUCAUGUAAUAACUCACACCAGAAAGAAGUUCCCAUGUCUUCAGUUUGAUAAGACUUUCCCAUAUCAAAGAGACCUGGAACAGCAUUUGCAAACUCAUUCUUGAAAGAAACUGCAGUGUUUAAGUGUGACAAGGUUUAAAGAAAGAGCAAAUUCAAAAAUCAAUGGGUUUUUCUUUUGUCAUCACUUACAUAUACACCUGUAAAGUCAUUCAGAUCUGAGGCUCUGCCAUUUAAAAUGGCACCAGAAAAUAUGCAUCUUUGUGAAAUUAGGGUUGGCUUUUCAUUCACAUUGCAGCUGAAUCUGAUUUUCCACACAAAAAAAAUUAUUAAAACUUAUUUUCUUAUCUCUAUUUUUCAGCCUUUUCAUUUCUUAUUGUGUACAUCCACACCUGAUCAUCUUAUUUGUGAUUAAAGCUGCAAAUUUCUCCAAUGUCAGCUCUUUCCUAACAAACUGAUAGAUAAGGGAGACAUACAAAAUGUGCAGUGGUGGGUGCCUUAGAGUAGUUUUGAAAACCACUGGUGUAUUGAGAAAAAGAUCUAUAGACCAGAGGUCUCCAAUCCUGCUCCUGGAUGGCCACUGUCCUGCAGAGUUUAGCUCCAAACCUAAUUAAACACACCUGAACAAGCUAAUCUAGGUCUUACUAUAGCAGGGGUCUCCAAUCAUGCUCCUGGAGGGCCACUGUCCUGCAGAGUUUAGCUCCAACUUGCCUCAACACACCUGCUUGGAAUUUUCUUGCCUAUAGUAAGACCUAGAUUAGCUUGUUCAGGUGUGUUUAACUCCCUGAGGUC